AGUUUUUUUUUUUCGAGUUUCUAUCGCUUCGGUAUUCUUAUUCCCUAGCAAUAAAUUGAGGAAAAACGUUUUGUUGAGGUUUCAAACGUUCUGGUCAUUGGAACGUUCUCUUGAUUUACUAUGUCGCGGUCUACACUGAUGAAAGAGGCCUUUGGGCUUCUACAACGGGACGGCAAAAUUCCGAAGACAUCCGUCCCUACUGCUUUGAGAGCCGCAGGACUCAAUCCUAGUGAGGAGAAAAUAAAAGAAAUUAUGGCCACGGCUACCGAUAUAGAUAUGGCAGGAUAUGAGGCGCUGGUUGCCAAGCACGAUGACAAAAUGGAUACUGCAGAGGCAGUAAAAGAGGCGUUUCGUGUUUUCGACAAAGACCUGGACGGCACCGUGUCCGUGGCAGAAUUUCGGCACAUCAUGACAACGAUGGGCGAGAAGUACCAUGAAGAGGAAUUCCGCGACCUGAUUCAAGGUUUUGAGGAGAACGGCGUGAUUCAUUACGAAAAGUUUGUAGAUAAGAUGCUUGCACCCUUCACCGAACACGGUAAUCCAGAAGACAUGCGUUAA